AUGUCCAGCCCGAAAGGGGCGGAGGCUUGGGCGGAGCGGACCCCUCAGUUGUUACUGGAAAGAGCCCUCGCCCCCCCGCGUUUCCGCCGGGAGCCCUCGCCCCCCCCCCACGUUUCCGCCGGGAGCCCUCGCCCCCCGCGUUUCCGCCGGGAGCCCUCGCACCCCCACGUUUCCGCCGGGAGCCCUCGCCCCCCCCCACGUUUCCGCCGGGAGCCCUCGCCCCCCCCCACGUUUCCGCCGGGAGCCCUCGCCCCCACCCCCCGCGUUUCCGCCGGGAGCCCUCGCCCCCCCCCGCGUUUCCGCCGGGAGCCCUCGCACCCCCCGCGUUUCCGCCGGGAGCCCUCGCACCCCCACGUUUCCGCCGGGAGCCCCUCGCACCCCCACGUUUCCGCCGGGAGCCCUCGCCCCCCACGUUUCCGCCGGGAGCCCUCGCCCCCCACGUUUCCGCUGGGAGCCCUCGCACCCCCACGUUUCCGCCGGGAGCCUUCGAACCCCCACGUUUCCGCCGGGAGCCCUCGCCCCCCCCCACGUUUCCGCCGGGAGCCCUCGCAACCCCACGUUUCCGCCGGGAGCCUUCGAACCCCCACGUUUCCGCCGGGAGCCCUCGAACCCCCACGUUUCCGCCGGGAGCCCUCGCAACCCCACGUUUCCGCCGGGAGCCCUCGCAACCCCACGUUUCCGCCGGGAGCCCUCGAACCCCCACGUUUCCGCCGGGAGCCCUCGCCCCCCCCCACGUUUCCGCCGGGAGCCCUCGCCCCCCCGCGUUUCCGCCGGGAGCCCUCGCAACCCCACGUUUCCGCCGGGAGCCCUCGCAACCCCACGUUUCCGCCGGGAGCCCUCGCAACCCCACGUUUCCGCCGGGAGCCCUCGAACCCCCACGUUUCCGCCGGGAGCCCUCGCCCCCCCCCACGUUUUCCGCCGGGAGCCCUCACCCCCCCCCCACGUUUCCGCCGGGAGCCCUCGCACCCCCGCGUUUCCGCCGGGAGCCCUCGCCCCCCCGCGUUUCCGCCGGGAGCCCUCGCACCCCCACGUUUCCGCCGGGAGCCCUCGCACCCCCACGUUUCUGCCGGGAGCCCUCGCACCCCCACGUUUCCGCCGGGAGCCCUCGCCCCCCACGUUUCCGCCGGGAGCCCUCGCCCCCCCCCACGUUUCCACCGGGAGCCCUCGCCCCCCCCGCGUUUCCACCGGGAGCCCUCGCCCCCCCCACGUUUCCGCCGGGAGCCCUGGCCCCCACGUUUCCACCGGGAGCCCUCGCCCCCCCGUUUCCACCGGGAGCCCUCGCCCCCCCCCCAACGUUUCCGCCGGGAGCCCUCGCACCCCCACGUUUCCGCCGGGAGCCCUCGCCCCUCCCACGUUUCCGCCGGGAGCCCUCGCCCCCCCCCCACGUUUCCGCCGGGAGCCCCUCGCCCCACGUUUCCACCGGGAACCCUCGCCCCACGUUUCCGCCGGGAGCCCUCGCCCCCCACGUUUCCGCCGGGAGCCCUCGCCCCCCCCCCCACGUUUCCGCCGGGAGCCCUCGCCCCCCCCACGUUUCCGCCGGGAGCCCUCGAACCCCCACGUUUCCGCCGGGAGCCCUCGAACCCCCGCGUUUCCGCCGGGAGCCCUCGAACCCCCGCGUUUCCGCCGGGAGCCCUCGCACCCCCACGUUUCCACCGGGAGCCCUCGCCCCCCCGCGUUUCCGCCGGGAGCCCUCGCCCCCCCCCCCCACGUUUCCACCGGGAGCCCUCGCCCCCCCGCGUUUCCACCGGGAGCCCUCGCCCCACGUUUCCACCGGGAACCCUCGCCCACGUUUCCACCGGGAGCCCUCGCCCCCCCCCACAUUUCCAAAGGGAGCCCACGCCCCCCACGUUUCCGCCGGGAGCCCUCGUCCCGCGUUUCCGCCGGGAGCCCUGGCCCCACGUUUCCACCGGGAGCCCUCGCCCCCCCACGUUUCCGCCGGGAGCCCUCGCCCCCCCACGUUUCCGCCGGGAGCCCUCGCCCCCCCACGUUUCCGCCGGGAGCCCUCGCCCCCCCCACGUUUCCGCCGGGAGCCCUCGUCCCCCCGCGUUUCCGCCGGGAGCCCUCGCCCCCCCGCGUUUCCACCGGGAGCCCUCGCCCCACGUUUCCACCGGGAGCCCUGGCCCCCCACGUUUCCGCCGGGAGCCCUGGCCCCCCCACGUUUCCGCCGGGAGCCCUGGCCCCCCACGUUUCCGCCGGGAGCCCUGGCCCCCCACGUUUCCACCGGGAGCCCUCGCCCCGCGCGUUUCCGCCGGGAGCCCUCGCCCCCCACGUUUCCGCCGGGAGCCCUCGCCCCGCGCGUUUCAGCUGCGUGUGCUGCCAAGAGUGCUUGC